ACUCACAGGACCCAUUUUUCACUUAAUCCACUCUGAGGAGGAGUCCUUCUAAUUGUGGGAUCUCCACACCCUCUCCCAAACAAGAAAAUUAAUAAAUGUAAAACGUAGCACUAGACCCCCAGUUACAUACAUAAACACACAACAUUUGCAGAAUUUUGGUGUGCAAUUUUACGUAGUAAGAAAUAAUACCAAAAAUCAAGAUCCAGUCUUUUUAUAUUUUCCAAGAAGAUUGAAUCAAUAAAAAGGUGACAGCUUUGCUACAGAGUACAGAGGCAGUGAAUUGAGGAAGAAUCAUCUUUCUUGAGGUAUUUUUUUAUGUUCAAUGGCCUCAAGUGCAUCAAGAUUCAUCAAAUGUGUUACUGUUGGUGAUGGCGCCGUUGGAAAGACUUGUAUGCUUAUUUGCUAUACCAGUAACAAGUUCCCGACUGAUUAUGUUCCUACGGUGUUUGACAACUUCAGUGCCAAUGUGGUUGUUGAAGGGACCACAGUAAAUUUAGGUCUUUGGGAUACUGCAGGACAAGAAGAUUAUAACAGAUUAAGGCCACUGAGCUACCGAGGAGCAGAUGUUUUUGUCCUAGCAUUCUCCUUGGUUAGUCGUGCCAGCUACGAGAACAUACUUAAAAAGUGGAUUCCUGAACUUCAGCAUUAUGCUCCUGGAAUACCGGUGGUAUUAGCUGGCACCAAACUUGAUCUUCGUGAGGAUAAGCACUUCUUGGCUGAUCAUCCUGGAUUAAUUCCUGUCACCACCGCGCAGGGAGAGGAGCUACGGAAACAAAUUGGUGCUGCCUAUUACAUCGAAUGUAGCUCUAAAACACAACAGAAUGUGAAAGCUGUCUUUGAUGCUGCAAUCAAGGUCGUCAUCAAGCCACCACUGAAGCAAAAGGAGAAGAAGAAACAACGUCGAGGAUGUCUCAUGAAUGUGAUGUGCGGAAGGAAGCUCGUUUGUUUGAAGUGACAUCUCAAUGUACAUAUUUCCCAUCUGUUCGGCCUCUAACAUGAUUAUAUCCACGGCUUGAUGCCGCUGCCUAUAAAACUUCCAUUUCUAUCAGAACUUUUGUGACGAGCAUAAUGUAUUUGUUUUUCCAUAACCCAACUUACUGCUGGACGGCCUUUAUUUGUCUGUAAAAUACGUUGCAUGCUAGGUUUAUAUUUCAAGUACAUGUAUUAAUUAAUUCUAUUAAACCAUGUCAA